GUUUAAAAUCCGGGGGGAUCAAACCUGGUCGAUCUCCAGUUUCUCAGAGGAAAAAACAAAAGCAGCAACCACGCCAUUUGUGAUUCUUGGCAGAGCUCAAAGAAAUGCGAUCGGAGCCUCCAACGUUCCAGGAAGCAGCUCGUUGUGACGUCUGCAAAUGCAGCUUCAACACCUUCAGGCGACGGCAUCAUUGUCGAUGCUGUGGGAGAACAUUGUGCCAUGAGCAUUCAUCAAAUCAAAUGGCUUUACCUCAGUUUGGCAUUCAUUCUCCUGUUAGAGUUUGUGCUGAUUGUUUCAAUAACUCCUCACGAUUUGCAAGCGGUUAUCCACAGGCAUCUCCAGACGAAAUUGAGUCUGUAAUAGACGAGGUAUCUAGAUUAGGAACUGGUGUAGAUGUAAGACCAAAAACUGAAGCAGCUGUAGAGCAUCAGCCUGCUGUAGCUGUCUUGGAAUGCAAAUGUGGGAUGCCUUUAUGUAUUUGUGAAGCUCCCACUCCAUGCAUAGAUGUUGUUCCUCCACAGACAACUACAACAUCCACAUCUCAAUCAAAUAUAAAACCAAAAAGGGCAGAGUCUGCUAUGAGAAAUAGAGGUUCCACAUCAAAAAGCAAACUUAGUUCGGUUUUCAAUCAUGGCCAAGUGAGCAAUGGUACUACAGAUAUACCCCAAAUGGAUUAUGAAGUCAAUGGGGAGGGUUUGAGGGAGGCCAUAAAGAACGGUGAUGUUGCUGCUGUCAGAAAGCUUCUGGGAGAGGGUGUGGAUGCAAAUUACCAUGACAAGCAGGGAUUGUCUUUGCUGCAUCUGGCUGCAGUUUUUAACCGAACUGAGAUAACUUUUAUUCUCAUGGAAUAUGGCGCAAGCAUGGACUAUAAGAAUGCACAAGGGGAAACACCACUGGAUUGUGCACCAGCUACUUUACAACAUAAGAUGCGGCAGAAGAUGGAAGAAAGUAGACAGCCAGGGGUCAACCAAAAUGCUUGAAAUCAAGCGCAACCUUCAUAUCUUUAAGCUACGUGCAGGUGCAAGUUGUCUGUUUCCGUUGGGAAAUUGUUUUCAUUAUGGUCUGUAUUGGUCUGUAUUACAGUUAACAUUCAUAUGUACUGAUUGAGGAUCACUAAACCUGUGAGUUCUGAAGGUUCAAUUUGUAUCUUCCCAGGAAAAAGAAAUUUCCUAUUAUUUAUAUCUAUUUGAGUGUGUAAAUUGUGUGCAUAAGAACUAUACGCAAAUAACGUGGUUUCCUAAUAGGGAAUAAAUUUUGAGCCUUAUUUUCAA